AUGGUGACACUAUAUUCAUUCAUUAAAGACACAUUUUUUUUUUUUUUGAAAAGGAAUUGCAAUUAUUGGUUAUUAAAAAGGAAUAUAAUUCUAUGUAUCCAUAGUAACAAAUAUCAUACACAUGUUAAUUAUUUUGAUAGACCUGUAAAGAGACCAACAUUAAUUGUAAACGAGAAAUGUGUGAAGAAUAUACUUAAUGGUUUUCCUUGGAUAUAUUCCAAGGAUGUGAAAAAUGCAGAAGAAUUAUUUUUAUAUAGUCCUUGUUUAGUUAAUAUAAAAGAUGAGUUCAAUGAAAACAUAGGAAUAGGGAUAUACAAUAAAAAUUCAACUAUUGCAUCGCGAAUAUUAACUAGGAACAUAAAUGAUAAUAUAAAUGAAGAAUUUUUUAAUUGUAGAAUAAAGAGAGCAUAUAAAAAAAGAUUAGAAUUAUUUCCUAAUGAUAACUUUUUUAGAGUUGUAAAUGCAGAAAGUGAUUCGUUACCAGGUAUUGUUAUUGAUAAAUUCAAUAAGCUUAUAUGUGUUCAAAUAAAUGCAAGUGGAAUGGAUAUACUGUCUCAUGUUAUAUUAAAAAGCAUUGAAAAUGUUUUAACACCAGAUGUAAUUAUUUUAAAGAAUGAUAAUCAAAUAAGAAAACUAGAAAAAUUACCUCUAAAAAAAGAAGUAUAUAAAGGUUUAUAUACAUCACCAAUAGAAGUUAGAGAAAAUGGGUUAACAUUUUUUGUGGAUAUAUUGAGAGGACAAAAGACAGGAUGGUAUUAUGAUCAAAGAUAUAAUCGUUCAAUGCUUAUUUCAUAUUGUAAGAAUAAAAAUGUAUUAGAUUUAUUUUCAUAUACAGGCUCCUUUGGUAUUACUUUAGCUUAUUAUGGUGCUAAUGAAGUAACCUGUGUUGAUUCCUCUUAUCUAGCUAUUCAAAAUGGAAUAAAAUCAGCUCAAUAUAAUAACGUGUUAGAUAAAAUAAAUUUUGUGCAUUCCUGCGUUAAAAAAUUCUUUAAUGUAUGUUUGCAUGUUCAGUUAAUAACUGCUUUCAGGAAAGGGGAAACUUCGAAAAAUGGAAAGAGUUGUCAUUUGGUAAGAAUAAAUCAAGAGAAAAAAAAUAAUGAAGCAAAGUAUUUUCCAAGUGGAAGGGAAGAACAAAAUAAUGAAGCAAAGUAUUUUCCAGGUGGAAGGGAAGAACAAAAUAAUGAAGCAAAGUAUAUUCCAGGUGGAAGGGAAGAACAAAGUAAUGAAGCAAAGUAUAUUCCAGGUGGAAGGGAAGAACAAAAUAAUGAAGCAAAGUAUUUUCCAGAUGGAAAGGAGGAACAAGUUAAUUCAACCAAACAUGACAUGAACAGUUCAGAAAAAUCGAAUUAUAUAAAUAAACAGGAAUGUGAAAAAGGGGAGCAGAAACUCUUUUCAGAUAUUGAGAAUAUAUUUAUAUAUGAAAAGAGUAAUAGUAAUACAACCCAUAUAGAGGAUAUAGAAAGCUUACUAAUUAAAAACAAUAAUUAUGAUUUUUUCAAAAAAAAAUAUGAUGUUAUAUUAAUAGACCCACCUGCACUAGCACGUAACAGUUAUUUAUUACCAUCUGCAUUAAAAGUUUACGAAAAACUUUUGUAUAUUUCAUUUAAAAUAAUGCAAAAACCUGGAUAUGUCUUUGUGUCAAGUUGCAAUAAAUUAGUAGGUUAUGAGGAAUUAAUUCUUUGUAUAAGAAGAUCAUUGAAUUGGUCCAAUUGCGAGGGUACAAUAAUAGGUGAAGGAAGAAUUAGUUCAGAUCAUCCUAUUCAUGUUUCAUUGCCAGAGACGAAAUAUUUAACGUCCGUUCUUUUAAUGGUUACAUAG